AUGAACGACAUCUCUCUACGCAAUCAGCGAGAAUCACCUUUCCUGCGUUUACCGGGAGAGGUUCGCAACCGCAUCUACGAACACGCUCUGGGAGGCAAGCACAUCUCUUACCUGUACCCUCGUCUGUACAGCGCCGAUAGGAAUCACCUUCGAAAGUUCGGACACAACGGCCUUGAAGCCAAUAUAGUUCCCAAGCUGCUUCACCUGACAAUAACAUGCCGCCAGAUACACGACGAGACCGAUCUUCUUAUCUUCAGGAUGAAUGACUUCUGUAUCAGUGCAAACUUCUGCCUCAAGGCCUUCGAUGUUUUGUCGCAACGGCAAUUGGGAGCUAUCAAAACUUGCAUCUGGCCGCGACAGUGCGAGUACGUCACGGAUUUUACGAUAUCGAAGUUCACAGGAUUACAGAGGCUCGUAGUACGGGAGACUGGAUAUAGUGGGGACGACUUCUACGCCCCAGAAGACAGUGCGACUCCAAGAGUGCAUGUGUGGUACGAGGGCAAGCGUCGAGUCGCCCUCGGGAGAAUCGAUGGGUGGAAGGCCAAGGGUAUCGAGAUCGAGUACUGCAAGUAG